UUUCCGUUUUCUGUUUCUAAACAUGGCGGUUGGGAAAAAUAAGGGGCUCUCGAAAGGAGGCAAAAAAGGUGUAAAGAAGAAGAUUGUUGAUCCUUUCACUCGUAAAGAUUGGUAUGAUGUUAAGGCCCCAACCAUUUUUGAUAAUCGCCAUGUGGGAAAAACAUUGGUUAACAGGACGCAAGGAACAAAGAUUGCAUCCGAAGGCUUGAAACAUCGUGUCUUCGAGGUGUCCUUAGCUGAUCUGCAAAAUGAUCAAGAUGCCGAGCGGUCAUUCCGUAAAUUCAGACUGAUUGCCGAAGAUGUUCAGGGACGAAGUGUAUUGACUAACUUCCAUGGUAUGGACUUAACCACAGACAAGUUGCGAUCGAUGGUCAAGAAAUGGCAAACCUUGAUCGAAGCUCAUGUUGAUGUGAAGACUACCGAUGGCUACUUAUUGAGAGUUUUCUGUAUUGGUUUCACCAACAAGGAUCAACUCAGCACAAGGAAAACUUGUUACGCUCAACAUGCUCAGGUUCGCAAUAUCCGCAGGAAAAUGGUUGACACCAUCACAGAUAACAUUGCCAAGGGUGAUCUGAAAAAUGUUGUUACCAAACUUCUUCCCGACGCCAUCGCUAAAGACAUAGAGAAAAUAUGUCAAGGCACUUAUCCACUCCAUGAUGUCUUCAUUCGCAAGGUAAAAGUAUUGAAGAAGCCACGUUUUGAAUUGAGUAAACUCCUUGAACUCCACGGCGAAGGUGGCAGCAGCAAGAGUGGGGAAGUUGGAGAAACCGGCUCCAAGGUAGAUAGGCCUGAAGGAUACGAACCACCUGUACAAGAAUCCGUUUAAUAGAGGUGUUACUCGUAACUACUCUUUAUAAAAUAAAAAAAAAUUCUAUUGCGGAAUUUA